AAGAUGGUGAAUUUUUUGUAACAGCAGAUGCUCUGGUUUCCCUUAACCAUGGGAACUGAAAGCGCUGGGAAACCAGGAGAAAAGAGGCUUUCAAAAGGUAGGGCACCAUCAACACCUUCGUGACAGGAUUACGAGUGUCUAGAUUCCCAAAGGUCCAGGAUGACAGGUGAGAGGAGCAACUUUAACAGCUGCUAGAGACUGAGUUGAAACGUUUUCGCCAGAAAGACGUUUGGCUAAGAAGCCAUGGAGCCGGGAAAGGGAAGAGCUCAGCGGACAAGGCAAGUGCUGCUUUUCUUUGUUUUCCUGGGAGGGUCUUUGGUGUGUUCUGAGACCUGGAGCUAUUCCACAGCAGAGGAAAUGGAGGUCGGCACAUUUAUAGCCAACGUGGUGAAAGACAUGGGUUUGGAUGUGGAAGACCUGGUUGCACGGGGCGCCAGAGUCAUCUUUGACGACUAUAAACCUUAUUUGCGAUUGGAUCCACAAAAUGGCGACUUGCUCUUAAACGAGCAGCUGGACCGGGAGGCACUUUGUGAUCUCACAGAGCCUUGUAUAUUGCAUUUCCAGGUGUUAUUUGAAAAUCCGUUGCAAUUUUUUCGGGCUGAGCUUUUGGUCAAAGACAUAAAUGAUCACACUCCCACGUUCCUAAAUAAUCAUAUACUUCUAAAAGUCUCCGAAGGUACUACUCUAGGAAUUGUAUUCCAAAUAGAUAGUGCUCAGGACUUGGAUGUGGGAAAGAAUGGUGUUCAAAACUAUACAAUAAGUCCCAAUCCCUAUUUCCACCUUAAAUUACGACACAGUGAUGAGGGCAGAAAAUAUCCAGAGUUGGUACUGGACCAAUCCCUGGAUCGAGAAAAGGAGUCUGAGCUUAGUUUAACGCUAACAGCCGUGGAUGGCGGGUCUCCGCCCAGGUCUGGGACUACACUGAUUAACGUUGUGGUCCUGGACAUCAAUGACAAUGCCCCUGAAUUUGAGAAGCCAGUCUAUGAAGUUCAUGUACCUGAGAGCAGCCCUCUGGACUCCUUGAUCAUCAAAGUGUCUGCUACAGAUUUAGAUGCAGGAAUAAAUGGAGAACUGUCUUAUUCAUUUUCCCAUGUCUCCAGAGAUGUACGGAAAACAUUUGAAAUCCAUCCAAUUUCUGGCGAAGUCUAUUUAAAAGCACCUCUAGAUUUCGAGAUUAUUCAAUCUUACAUCAUAAACAUUCAGGCCAUUGACAGUGGGAGCCUUUCUGGAAAAUCAAACAUUUUAGUUCGGGUUGUAGAUGUGAAUGACAACCCGCCAGAAAUAGCCAUGACAUCUCUUACCAGCCCCAUACCGGAAAACUCUUCACCUGAGAUGGUGGUCGCUGUCUUCAGCAUACGAGACCAAGACUCUGGAGACAAUGGGAGAAUGGUUUGCUCAAUUCAGGACAACCUCCCCUUUGUCUUGAAGCCUACCUUCAAGAAUUUUUACUCUCUGGUAACAGAGCACCCACUGGACAGAGAGAUCAGAAAUGAAUAUAACAUUACCAUCACCGUGACCGACUUAGGGACACCCAGGCUGAAAACCGAGCACAACAUAACCGUGCUGAUCUCCGACGUCAAUGACAACGCCCCCGCCUUCACCCAAACCUCCUACACUCUGUUCGUCCGCGAGAACAACAGCCCCGCCCUGCACAUCGGCAGCGUCAGCGCCACAGACAGAGACUCAGGCACCAACGCCCAGGUCACCUACUCGCUGCUACCGUCCCAGGACCCUCACCUACCCCUCCCCUCCCUGGUAUCCAUCAACGCAGACAGUGGCCACCUGUUCGCCCUCAGGUCGCUGGACUACGAGGCCCUGCAGGAGUUCGAGUUCCGCGUGGGCGCCACAGACCGCGGCUCCCCGGCGCUGAGCAGCGAGGCGCAGGUGCGCGUGCUGGUGCUGGACGCCAACGACAACUCGCCCUUCGUGCUGUACCCGCUGCAGAACGGCUCCGCUCCCUGCACCGAGCUGGUGCCCCGGGCGGCCGAGCCGGGCUACCUGGUGACCAAGGUGGUGGCGGUGGACGGCGACUCGGGUCAGAACGCCUGGCUGUCGUACCAGCUGCUCAAGGCCACGGAGCCCGGGCUGUUCGGUGUGUGGGCGCACAAUGGCGAGGUGCGCACCGCCAGGCUGCUGAGUGAGCGCGACGCGGUCAAGCACAGGCUGGUGGUGCUGGUCAAGGACAAUGGCGAGCCUCUGCGCUCGGCCACCGCCACGCUGCACGUGCUCCUGGUGGACGGCUUCUCCCAGCCCUACCUGCCUCUCCCAGAGGCGGCCCCGGCCCAGGCCCAGGCCUACUCGCUCACCAUCUGCCUGGUGGUGGCGUUGGCCUCGGUGUCGUCGCUGUUCCUCUUGUCGGUGCUCCUGUUCGUGGCGGUGCGGCUGUGCAGGAGGAGCAGGGCGGCCUCGGUGGGCCGCUGCUCGGUGCCCGAGGGCCCCUUUCCAGGGCAUCUGGUGGACGUGAGCGGUACCGGGACCCUAUCCCAGAGCUACCAGUACGAGGUGUGUCUGACAGGAGGCUCCGGGACAAAUGAGUUCAAAUUCCUGAAGCCGAUAAUUCCCAAUCUGCUGCCCCGGGACAGCGAAAUGGAGAAAGCCCCACCUUUCUGAAUGGCAUGGAAUUCAAUUAGGGAUCUGAUUAUGAUGCAGAACUUUUAGAAUGAGUCUAUUUCUUUGAAAUCUUUUUGUUAUUUAGAGUUUUUCAUUUUGGGUAACUGCAUUUUAUUCAAGAGUUUUCAGAAGUUACAAGAAUUUAAGACUAUUUUUUGUUGUUUUAAUCGUGAAAAAAUUGAAAGCUGGAAUUUACUUAGUCAUUGUUUUGAAAUACAACCUCAAAUAAUAUGUUCACAUACACAUUAUUUUCCCUUCAAGUUUAAUUGCACACUGGGUUCAUUCCUAUUUUCUGAGUGUUCUGACUGUGGAUCCUCUAACCAAAGCAGUUUUUAUAUGAUUGAGAAUAUUAUUAUAGAGGUAAAUGCAUGAUAUCAACAAAAACAUAAUUGCUUGUUAUCUGGUUAGGUUGGUUUCUAAGAUGUUAUCUAAUUUAGGUUUCUUUUUUUAAAACCUAUAAUCUUUUCAUUCUACUUUUCUGGCAAACAUUGCAGAGAAUUUUUCCUGUACUGAGGGUUUUUUUUUUUUUUUUCAUAAUUAUGUGUGAACCAUAUAUAUGCUAGUAGAUGUUGUUUUAUUUAAAUAUAUUCAAAACCUUGUUUGGAUUAAGAUGUAUAUAUCCAGCUCAUGCUCCUUUCUUGUCUGAGAACUUCUCUAUACUACCCAAGAGAGGCGAUCACUAGUGUGAUGCUUAUUCCAUUGCAGGCCUUCUUUUCUUACACCUCCCCCCGCCAUAUAUUUUUUUAAGGAGUGGAGUCUUGCCAUGUCACAUGGGCUAGUCUUGAACUCCUGGGCUCUAGUAAUCCUACCACAUCAGCUUCCCAAAGUGUUGGGAUUAUAGGCAAGAGCCCUGAUCACUUUUUAUUGGUCCUGUGAUAGAUUCCUAAUUUAAGCUGGAAUAGCAGCUACAUUCUCCAAACCCCUAAAUUUGUGAUUGAGAUAUAGUUCAUCUACUUUUUCCUCUUGAAUAAAUGUUGAACGUGUGCUGAGGUAGCCAUGUUUAUAAGUUUCUAGAUAGAGAGAAAAAGAGGGAGAGAAAAUGGAAGGAAAGUAAAAGUGAAAAGGAAUAAGAGUGGAGAAGGCAGAAGCCUAGAAAACAGUAGAGACUAAAAUAGCUACUUAGUUCUAGACCUAUCCACCUAAGUUCAGUUCCUCCUAAGUCCCCAAUGUCUAAUUGCCCUUGGGUUCUACAGUAAGACUCCAUUGCUAAUAGUAAAAUUCCUUUGUUUAACCUAUCUUGAAGUGGGAUUUCUUGAAAUCAGAAGAGACUUGAAAGGUUUGUACAACCUUGAGUACUCAAUUAGACUAUCUACCUUGAAACCCUGGUCUUUUAUUGCAUGCUUCUCAUGUUAACUUAAUGAAUGAAAUACAGGAUGUACAAGCCUAGAGAUAACAAAUAUAUACUAGAGGCUUAUGUAAUAAAAUUUAAAUUUGUAAAUAAUUUAUGAGGUCUUUCAACAGAAAAAUGCUACAAAGGGCUUUAUGAAAUGUCUCAUUAACUUAACUUUCCCUCCAUUAUUUUAUAUGUCCCAAGAUUACUUUUAAAUAAUACUUUUAAAUAAUACUUUUAGUUUAAAUAAUAAUAAUAACACUAAAAUUGUUAAGUUUUAGGUUUCUGUACCUUUUCUCAGGAUCAUCAUACCUUCCUUAGCAGACUCUUUCUUUUAAAAAUUGCUUGUUAAGCUCAAUGUGAACAAAAUUAUUUUUGUCAUGUAAUGUAAAAUCUUCUUGCUCCAUAAAUAAUCCCAAUUUAUAGAUAAUAUGGAUUGACUCAUGAUUUCAGUUAUAGUAAUAAACAUUUAAUUAAUAUACCCUAUUGCUAGAAAACCUCAUGAAAAAAUUUAAGUUUCUGCCAAGCCUAGGAGCUAAGAUCUUAGAAAGGAGAAACUUUAACCAAGAGAAGAAAGAUGGGAAUGAAAAACUAACUUUGAUCCAUUAGGUUACUGACAUAGGUACAAGCUUCUAUCCCAUUAAUAUUAAAAAAUGCAUAGACAUUCAGGACGCAUUUUCUUGGACACAUAAUAGUGAAUUUGGAUCCAUGACCAAUAUAUUUCUAUAAGGAAAAUUGUCCAUCAGAUUUUGACUGUGACUGGCAUGUUCUCAUAUUUUGAAAGUUUAAUCAAAUUUGUUUGUAUAGAAGAAAACAUUCUAAAGUAGAAUGUUGAUUUGAGCUAUUUAUACCUUAAGAGAAACCAAUAUAAACCACAAUUCUUACACUUGGCUCAUCCUUAGUUUUCUCAGUUAGCUAGGUAAUUAGAAUACCAGAACACAUAAUAGUGUAUAUUGUUUAAACAUUGUGAGUAGAACAUUGGUUAAAGUUGGCAGAGUUGGGAAGACCCCCAAGUCUCCUCCCCGAAAAUGUUUUCUCUUUCCUUAGAAGUAAGAAUUUCAGUUCCAUGCUAGGGUUUCAGGAUUCCAAUGAAUCCACAAGAGAUAUAUGAUUGCUUACUAAAAAUGAGUUGAGAUCUUCUCCAGUUGGGAAUAUGCUUAACCUGCUAUUUCAGGUGAACUUAACAUAUUUUCUUCUGCAUUUUACUUUUUACUUUAACUUCAGCCUUUAUAUCCAUGAUCUUAGCUGUCUCCCUCUUAAAGGUUUCAGUGACUCUCAGCUUCAACAUGUGUGUAUCUCAUUAUUAACAAUAGAUGGUGAUGCUCUUUACAAAUUAUUUUAGAUACUGUGACAAUUCAACAUAGCAAGCUCACAGUCCUUAGACAAUAUUCACAAAUAAGUUAUCCACAACUCCUUAAGCUACCUAUUGAGUUUGCAUAAUAAAUCAGCUUUAGCUAGUAUAUCACUUAAGUUCAUACCCCUGAAGUGUUAGAAUGAAUCUCUUCAUCUACUGUGCUAGCAGUCAUUAGACCCAUCAAAGAGAAGAGGCUUUCUUAA